AUGGCUGAAAUAGAUCACAUGGCUCAGACAGAAGUCUUGCGUCCAGCUCCAGCUCCAGCCCAUCCAAUAACAGCAGAUCAAUUGCUUGAAUUGGAAGAGCGGCAACGGACGCUGUUCAAUGAGCAAGGUAAUGGAUCAGCACGAAUCAGAACGGGAUGUCAGGAGAUUGACGAAUAUGUUCUCUGUGCCGGUAAGGCUCAGUCAAAUAGAGGAUUUGAGAGAGGAAUCGUAGUAGGGUUAAGUGCUGCUGAUGGAGAUGAAUCGACAGGCAGUCGAGUGAUAACUCUCAAUCUCAUAGCAUCAGUCCUCUUACAACAUAUCGAUUUGGUAAAUGUCAUUCAGAAUUCCCAGAGUGAAUCGACGAAUAAAAUCAAGCCAAAAGUCGUAGUAAUAGACGCUACUGGUUCCUUUAACCUUCCUCUCUUAGUCAAAAUCUUGAGAUCAAGGCUCUUGAAGAGGAGAUGUGAGAUGAGGAGUAUGGAUGAUAUGACUAUGAAUAUCAAUUUUGGUCAUAAUACAGAUGAAAGUACCGAGAUCGACAUACAAAAAGAGGCGAAUGCACUACUGGAACUGGUAGCCAUUAGUAGAGUCUUUGAUAUUGAGGGGCUAUGGGAGGUUUUAAGUGAGCUAGGACAACUACAUGACCUGUCCAGAAACAAUGGGGACGAUCAGGAAAUACCUACCAUCAUACCACCACGGACCAGCAAACCCGUUGAAGGGAAAGCAGAGCCACUGCACAAGAUCCCAGAUGAAAUCUGCGACAGCGAAGAGGAAGACAUCGAAUUAACACCACCACCACCAUCAGUCAAACACACAACCCCAACCCCAAGCUCAACAGAAACCACUCCCGAAAUAUUAAUCAUAGACAGCAUGCACCACCUAAUCUCCCACCUCUUCACACACUCCGAAAAAGUCUCCGCACACAACCUCCUCUCCCUCCUAUCACAAACUCUCCACACCCUAACCCACACCCAAAACAUCCUCACCAUCCUCCACAACAGCACUCUCUCUACCAAAUCCCAUUUCGCAAUCCCACACCCUUCUCGUCAACAUCCACAUCCACAUCCACCUCCACCUCCAACCAUCCAAUCAAUCUUCACUUCCCCAGCCCAAAAACCCUCACUCGGACGCAUCUUUGACGAUUUCCUCAAUCUGCACAUCAUGAUUUCGAAACUCCCAAAGAAGAGAGAAGAUGCGGAGCUUCUCUACUGUCGCGAUGAUAAUGCAUCUCGUGUUGGGAAUGAGGAGAUCGCUUAUAGUUUUGUGUUUGAGGUUUUGAGGGAUGAGUGUCCGGUUUUGGGUGGGGAGAGGAAGGUAGGGAGGAGGUUUGGGGAUAGGGAACAGCGGUGGGGGUUUUUUGAGAUGGGGGAUGGGGAGGGGGGGAUGGAGUUGAGCGAUGUUUUUAGGAUGGGGGGAGAGGGGAGGGGAGAAAUGAGCGUGCGAUGA